ACUUUCAUUGAGACGUCACUGAUGAUGGCGAGACAGACCUUAUUUAAGCCGUCCCGGAGUGUCCAUUGUGGGACAGAAGCAUCAGGAGAGUGAAUCAAGAUGCCAAACUGGGGAGGCGGUGCAAAGUGUGCAGCCUGUGACAAGAGCGUCUACCAUGCAGAGGAGAUCCAAUGUAAUGGCAGGAGCUUCCAUAAAACAUGCUUCAUCUGCAUGAGCUGCAGGAAGGCAUUGGACAGCACCACGGUCGGGGCGCAUGAGUCGGAGAUUUACUGCAAGUCGUGCUACGGCAAGAAGUACGGGCCAAAAGGUUACGGGUACGGACAAGGAGCCGGAGCCCUGAGCUCCGAUCCCGUCGGGCCGCUCAAAAACGCGCCGUCUGAUGGGUCUAAACCAUGGACGCCCUCCGCCAACACCACUUCCAAUAAGUUUUCCCAGAGUUACGGAGGGUCCGACCGCUGCCCUCGCUGCUCCAAAGCGGUGUACGCCGCAGAGAAGGUGAUGGGAGGAGGGAAGCCUUGGCAUAAAACAUGUUUCCGCUGUGCCUUUUGUGGUAAAAGUCUGGAGUCGACCACAGUAACCGACAAGGAUGGGGAAAUCUACUGCAAAGUCUGCUACGCCAAAAACUUUGGGCCGAAAGGGUUCGGUCUGGGGAACGCGGCCAUGUUGGAGUGAACGUUGUCACACCGCCCAUGUUGCUCUGGUUUAUCAUUGAAUAAACAACAUUUGUAUCAAAAGUAAAGAGGCUGAAUGUUUUAAAAAAAAAUAUUAUUAAUAUUAUAGUUUCAAAAAAAGGAAAGAAUUAUAGGUAUAUAAAGUACAUCGUCUAAUACAGGGAUGUACAAAAUGAUUCCACUGAGGGUCGCACACUGAAAAAUCAAAGCUCGCAGAGGCUGUUUGGAUAUUUUAAAUUUUCAGAUUCAAUACAAUUUAUAGUUUUUUUUUUAACCUUAAGGGCUCCUCUCAAGGGGCCAACAAGGGUCUCAGUCAUAAAAAAAUUCUAAAUAAGUUAUAUAUUUUAUUAUUUUUAUUUACUAUUAUUCAACAUAUACUGUAAAUCUCUAGAUCAACUUCAAGUCUGUCGAUAUUAAUUUUUUAAAUUUUUUUUAUUCUAUGGCCCUUUUGUCAAAAUGCUGUUUUUAAUAGGAAAAAUACAAAAUAUGCAACGCUGAAUUUUUUUUUUUUACUGGAAUAUAAGUAUUUGGAGCCUUAAAUAGUUCAAUAAUUCAUAAGUACAUAAUAUUCUAUAUAUAAAACACAGUUAAAAUGCAUAAAAAUAGUGCAUAUACAUAAACAUACAUAUGUA